GAGAACCGUGCAGCCCACUGCCCGGCAGACUCGGGUAAACCCCCUCGUUCACCAUCCCAACCCGACGCUCGCUGGUUUUUUUUUUUUUUAUUAUUAUUAUCUUGUUCGGUUUCGACGCAACGUUCUGUCGCUGCCGCCUCCGCCGCUGCCGCUCGUUACCGCGCAUAAUCGUAGUGCACCUGCUGAGUGCGACCCUGCAACCCGCAUCCAACCACCCGCGACUUCCGUACACUCGUACACUCGGUUGGAGUACCUGGAGCAUCGGUCCGUGAGACGGCCCCAAGUGCGCAGACUGGAGGCGCCAGGCGCAUGCAUGAGGGCAACCUACCUUCCGACCGGACCAGCAGUUCCAAUACUGGCAAGCAAAUCUCCACGAGCACAAACCGCGCACCACCACUCCCCCCAGCCUGGAGCGCGGCGACGCCACCUCUUUGACUCUCUCGCGGGCGACGCCGUUCUCCUGACCGCCCGCCAUGGCGGCCGUCGGCUCUCACCCGUCCUCCACGCCGGCCUCGCCCAGCAGUCCCCCGCGUCGGAAGCCCGCGCCUUCGCUUCACGGCCUCUCGCCCAUUGAGCGAUAUGACUGGGGGGAGAGCGCAAGACCGCUGCCCGGCGUUCCCAUGUCCGACUCGCCGAGGCUACGGCAGUCUCCCGUGUCCCCCGUCAAGGUCAAUUUCCAGCCCGAUGGCUGGGCCCAGCCCUCCACCGGGAACAUCGAGACGCACCUCCCGUAUGGCGCCCCUGCCCCCGUCCCCGUCUCCACCUUCGACCGAGCGCUGCCCAAGACGCCCGACGCUCCGACCCCUCCGCCGCACACGCCUCUAACCCAGCCGGACCACGGCUAUCAACAAGACGCAGUCCCAGAUGCCUUGGGCCUGCACUCUGCCUCCGGUGGCGCCGAUCACUCGCUUCCGCCGGAAGCCGCCGCCGUCCUGAGCUCAGAUCUCGAGCAAUUGAGCAUGAGCGACGAGUCCGCACAAGAGUCCGCCAAGGAAGGGGCGAACCGGAACAGUCGAGAGUCGGAUGCGUCCGCCAGCACCUCGCGGCAGCAAAUGUCUGCCGAGUCAUCCGCCACGACGAGUGCGAGUUCGGUGUCUGGCAUCCUAGAUAUCACGGACAACCAAGACAACUCGGCCGACGCGUCCACCAAGAGCUCCAUCAUCGACGACGGCGCGAUCCAGCCGGAGCCCGUGCCCCCGCUGCAAUACCACCACUCGGCCUUCCUCCCUCGCCCUGCCACCGUGGCCGUGGAGCAGGACCCGAGAGCUCAGUCGAACCCCAAUCUCGCCGAGGCUGCCGGGAGCAUCAACCGCCAUCUGACACCGACCACCAACUACAUGAGGAGGAGCUCCCUGCCGCGUCCUCAGUCGGCGUAUUCGGCGUAUUCCGACUCGGGGCCCCGGGGACGCUCGCCCGCCUUCUUGGGCGGCGCCCAAGCCCGGGCGCCCUCUGCCCACUCGAGAAAAUCGCCCGAGACGCGGCCAUCGUCAUUUGCCGAAUUGCUCAACGUCCCGUACCCGCAGCCGGCGCCGGCACCCAUCACCUUCGACAACUCGCAGCUGCGAUCUGUCGUGGGAAACAAUGCGUCUCUGCUCAGCGCCGAGAAGACGCUGGAGAUGUACAGGCAGAACGUCAAGAAGACGAACGACUUUUCCAUCCUGUACUCCUUCGCCGUCUUCCUCAUUGCCACCGCCCAGGAGCAAGGCCUGGAUCCCCAGGGUUCCAAGAGGACUAAGAGCCACAAGCCUGCCUCGGGGGAGGGUUCCGCUUCAUCGCCGCACGACUUGGUUCGCGAAGCGCGCGCCAUCCUGCAGAGGCUGUCCAACAACGGCUACCCCUUUGCGCAGUACUACCUUGCCGACGGCUACGCGUCUGGCCUGUUCAGCAAGGGCAAAGAGGACUACAAUUCUGCGUUUCCGCUGUUCGUCCUCGCCGCCAAGCACGGCCACGCAGAGUCGGCAUACCGCACUGCGCUGUGCUACGAGUUCGGCUGGGGUUGCCGUAAAGACCCUGCCAAGGCGGUGCAGUUCCUUCGCACGGCAGCCUCCAAGCGGCACCCGGGAGCCAUGACGAGGCUCGGGAAGGCGUGCUUGUCGGGCGACCUGGGCGAGAAACGGUACAAGGAGGGUAUCAAGUGGCUCAAGCUGGCGGCGGAAGCCGCUGACACGAUCUAUAACGCCGCCCCGUACCAUCUCGGCUGCCUGUACGAAACGGGCUAUGGCGAUGAUGUCUUCCUGGACGAGAGUUACGCCGCCGAGCUCUUCACCCAAGCUGCCGACCUGGGACAUCCCGAGGCCAACUUCAGGAUGGGUGACGCGUACGAACACGGCAAGCUGAACUGCCCGAGGGACCCGGCCUUGAGCGUGCAUUUCUACACGGGUGCUGCAGAACGCGGUCACGCCGCUGCCAUGAUGGGGCUUUGCGCUUGGUAUAUGGUCGGUGCGGAACCCAUUCUGGAAAAGGAUGAAGAGGAAGCAUAUGAAUGGGCGCGAAGGUCGGCAGAACUUGGCUAUGUCAAGGCGCAAUACGCAGUCGGAUACUUCACGGAGAUGGGCAUUGGAUGCCGACGAGAUAUCCUGGAAGCCAAUGUGUGGUACGUCAAGGCUGCCGACGCGGGCGACGAGCGCGCAAAGCAACGCCUUGCCGUCAUCCACGCUACCAUCAGCGGCGGGACCCCGAUGGACGUUGCGCCGCCUCGGAAUGCUAAGGUCAGGAAGAGCGGCGGUGAGGGCGAUUCUAAAGACUGCAUCGUAAUGUGAGGAGGGUGCAGUUUGUGGAUCGAAAGAGGAUUUCCCGAGGUACAAAGAUGGAAUGUUUUGGAAUCGCUCCCCGCUGUUUAGGGGAUGGGGUAAUGGUAUAAUACGACGCCAUGUCACGCUCACGGUCCGGAGUGUUCAUUUCGAG